AUGGCGGCGGUGGAGGUUGAACCCGGGGCGGCUAGAACGCCGAGCUCACUGCUGCUGGUUGUGGGCAGCGAGUGCGGAUGUCCCGGGCUCCUAACUUACGUCCUGGAGGAGUUCGAACGAGGCGUCCGGUCCUGGGACGUUGAUCCUGGCAUCUGCAGAUUCGAUGCAGAGCUCAAAGUCUUUGUGUCCCGGCAUUCAGCCACCUUCUCCAGCAUCGUGAAAGGCCAGCGGAGCCUGCAUCACCGUGGAGACACCCUGGAGACCCUGGUCCUUCUGAACCCAUCAGACAAAUCCUUAUGUGAUGAGCUCCGGAACCUUCUGUUAGACCCUGCCCCUCACAAGCUGCUGGUGCUGGCUGGGCCCUGCCUAGAAGAGACAGGGGAGCUGCUGCUCCAGACAGGGGGAUUCUCACCCUACCACUUCCUCCAGGUCCUGGGUGACAAAGAGAUCCGGGACAUACUAGUCUCCAUGCCUCCACCUGCACACCAGCCCACACUUACCAUUGCUUGUCCGACUUUUGGAGACUGGGCCCAGCUGGUGCCACAUGUGCCUGGCCUACAGGAAGCACUCUGGCUACAACUGCGGCUGAAUCCACCAGUGCAGCUGCCAGCCUCUGAGGGCUUGCGUGAGUUCUUGGAGUGCCUGGCUGAGUCCCUGGAGCCACCAUCACCCUUUGAGUUGUUGGAGCCUCCAUCCUCUGGGGGCUUCCUCAGGCUCGCCCGGCCCUGCUGCUACAUCUUCCCUGGAGGCCUCGGAGACGCUGCCUUCUUUGCUGUCAAUGGUUUCACUGUGUUGGUCAAUGGUGGCUCGAACCCCAAGUCCACCUUCUGGAAGCUGGUGCGGCACCUGGAUCGGGUGGAUGCUGUUUUGGUGACCCAUGCUGGUGCUGACAGUCUUCCGGGUCUCAACAGCUUACUGCGUCGCAAAUUGGCAGAGCGCCAGGAGGUGGCCGCCAGUGGGGGCUCCUGGGAUGACCGGUUGCGCAGGCUCAUCUCUCCCAACCUGGGGGUCGUGUUCCUCAAUGCCCAGGAAGCCACAUUGCGGCUGGUGGACGGGGAGGAUGAGGUAGAGCUGGCGCUGAGCCUCCUGACCCAGCUGGGCAUCACACCCCUGUCCCUGAGCCGAGGGCCGCUGCCGGCCCAGCCCACCGUGCUCUUCUAUAAGAUAGGUGUGGGCCGGCUGGACAUGUAUGUACUGCAUCCGCCCUCGGCCGCUGCUGAGCGCCCACUGGCCUCAGCCUCCGUGUGCACCCUGCUGGUGUGGCACCCUGCAGGUCCCACUGAGAAAGUGGUGCGUGUCCUGUUUCCAGGUUGCACGCAGCCAGCCCGCCUGCUGGAAGGCCUCAUUCCCCUGCAGCAUUUGAGAUUCUUACGCGAGCCAGUAGUGACACCCCAAGACCUAGAGGGGCCUCAGCGAGCAGAGAGCAAGGAGAGCGUGGGCUCACGGGACAGCUUGAGGAAAGAGGGCCAGGCCACUGCUCCUGCCAGGCCUGGCCAGGACCGCCCUGGGGUGGCCCGCAAGGAGUCAGUACGGGCUGAGGCCCCUCGUAGGACUGAGAAAGAAGCUCGGUCCUCCCGGGUGGUGAAGAAGGACCCCAAGCCAAGUGCUUCCCGGACGCAGCCCCAACCCCAGCCCCGGGACGUGCGCCGAGUGGCCUCUACUGCACCGACCUUCAAGAAGGCGGGCACCCAGGCAGCCACCAAGUCCCGCAGAGCAGCGAACUCGGGCAUCCUACCUGUGGAGAACGGUCCCCACAGUCCCCCAGGCAUUAGAUGUGGAGAGGCCAGCCCUGUGACUGCAGCCUGCAGCUCCUUGGCCAAGCUGGAGGCCACACCCAGCCUGGAGCAGGGGCUGACCCCAGCUGGGGAGAAGAUGCUGGAGCUCCCAUUGGCUACCAGCACCACUCGACCACACACGGCCUCCCCUGUACCUCGUCGGAGCCCCGUGGAGGGCAGUGGGCAGCUGUCACUCAGCCCACUGCGGGGUGGAGAGGCUGGGCCUGAUGCCUCACCCACAGUGACCACACCCACACUGACCACACCUUCAUUGCCCGCGGAGGUGGGCUCUCCACACUCCACAGAGGUAGACGAGUCCCUGUCUGUGUCCUUUGAGCAAGUACUGCCCCCAUCUGCCCCUACAAGCGAGGUUGGUCUGAGCCUUCCUCUGCGUGGCUCCCGGGCACGUCGCUCAGCUUCCCCCCAUGAUGUGGACCUGUGCCUGGUGUCACCCUGUGAGUUUGAGCACCGCAAGGCUAUGCCUAUGGCGCUGGCAGCUGCAUCCCCUGGUAGCUCCAAUGACAGCAGUGCCCGGUCUCAGGAGCGGGCAGGUGGGCCAGGGGCUGAGGAGACGCCACCCACAUCGGUCAGCGAGUCCCUGCCCACCCUGUCUGACUCAGAUCCCCUGCCUGCUACCUCUGGUGCCGCAGAUUCAGAUGACAACACAGAGGGCUUUGGAGUCCCACGCCGCGACCCUCUGCCUGACCCCAUGAAAGUUCCCCCACCACUGCCUGACCCACCCAACAUCUGCAUGGUAGACCCUGAGAUGUUGCCCCCCAAGUCGGCCCGGCAGACAGAGAACCUUGGCCACACUCGAAAGCCCCUGGCCCGGCCCAGCUCAGGCACUACCUACCCUAAAGCUGUUCCAGUGGGUGCUGCCAAAACAAAGGGGCUUGCUGGUGGGGACCGGGUCACCCGGCCACUGAGUGCUCGAAGUGAGCCUAGGGAUAAGGGAGGCCAGGCACUCCUAUCUAGAAAGUCCUCGGUCCCCAAGACUGCCGCUGGAGGCUUGUCAGGAUCAGCUGGCAGACGGUCAGCUGGGUCAACUGGCCUGUCGGGCUCCCCUGUCUACCUGGACCUGGCCUAUCUGCCCAGCGGGAGUAGUGCCCGCCUGGUGGAUAAAGAGUUCUUCUGGAGGGUGCGUGCCCUCUGCUAUGUCAUCAGUGGCCAGGACCGGCACAAGGAAGAGGGCAUGCGGGCUGUCCUGGAUGCACUGCUAGCCAGCAAGCAGCAAUGGGACCGUGACCUCCAGGUGACCCUGAUUCCCACUUUUGACUCAGUGGCCAUGCACAAGUGGUAUGAGGAGACGCACACCCAGUGUCAGGCACUGGGCAUCACAGUGCUGGGCAGCAACAGCAUGGUGUCCAUGCAGGAUGAGGCCUUCCCAGCCUGCAAGGUGGAGUUCUAGCUCUGCUGCUUGACACACCAUCCCCACUCAUCCCAGACUACCUCCGUCCCGAGAUUCACCCAACAUACCAUCCCCACUCAUCCCAGACUACCUCUGUCCUGAGAUUCAUCAACAUCACAAAUAAACCAUGU